ACUUUGCCUUUUGAAGGGUAUUAAGCUACGACAAAAUAAUUUUUUUUUGUUUACAUCCGAAAUUUUUGAAAUUUUCACUUUCAUCUUUUACAAUUUAAUAAAAUACGUAGAAAAAAGUAGUAAAGAUUAUAAAUUAUUGUAAACAUGGAUGCUGAUAUGGCAAAGAAAACUUGGGAGUUGGAAAACGAAAUCGAAACCCUUCCUGCAAGUGAUGAAAUCUUCAGAUAUGAUGCACAACAACAAUCGGCUAUUCAGUCAGCUCGUCCGUGGGAAAAAGAUCCACAUUACUUUAAGGAUGUUAAAAUCUCAGCUCUUGCUUUGCUUAAGAUGGUAAUGCACGCUCGAUCAGGAGGUUCUCUUGAAAUUAUGGGCUUAAUGUUGGGAAAAGUGGAUGGAAAUUCAAUGAUUAUCAUGGAUGCUUUCGCUUUACCAGUUGAAGGAACUGAAACGAGAGUUAAUGCUCAAUCGCAAGCAUAUGAAUACAUGACACAAUAUAUUGAGUCUGCUAAAGAAGUUGGUCGUUUGGAGAAUGCCAUUGGUUGGUAUCAUUCACAUCCUGGAUAUGGUUGUUGGUUGUCUGGAAUUGAUGUUUCUACACAAAUGUUGAAUCAAAAUUAUCAAGAACCGUUUGUUGCCAUCGUCAUUGAUCCAGUUAGAACUGUUUCAUCAGGAAAAGUAAAUUUGGGAGCUUUUCGCACUUAUCCAAAAGGUUACAAACCACCAAAUGAAGAACCUUCUGAAUAUCAAACAAUUCCAUUGAAUAAGAUUGAAGAUUUUGGUGUUCAUUGUAAGCAGUACUAUCAACUUGAUGUCACUUAUUUCAAAUCAUCAUUGGAUCGUAAGUUGUUAGAUUCGUUGUGGAAUAAAUAUUGGGUGAACACUUUGGGAAGUUCCGGUUUGUUAAGCAAUGCUGAAUACACAACUGGUCAGAUCUUUGAUCUGUCUGAGAAGUUGGAACAAAGUGAAUCGAGCUUAAGCCGUGGAUAUUACUUAGCUGCUGAAGGAAGUGACAAAAGCAAAGAAGACAAGCUCACUAAAGCUACUCGCGAUUGUUGUCGUGCUUCGAUUGAGUUAAUUCAUGGAUUAAUGACUCAAAUCGCUAAAGAUAAACUUUUCAAUACUGUAAAUGAGAAGAAAUAAGUUUUGCUUGAAAUAAAAAAAUACCUACAUCAAACAUUUUUAUAAAAAUAAAAAUUAAUUUU